GAAGAAGUGCACAAGGUAGAAGUGCCUCCGAGGUUCGCUCGUGCCAUCCGAACUUUCCCUGUCCCACUUUUCUUCAUGGUCGCGUCCUCCAACGACACGUUACCCAACACUCAAUCCCACAUCACCCAUCACCACUACACCCAUCACCAUGGCACGCGACAAGACCAAAAAAAGGCGCACCCGCGAUGAUGGCGACAGCGGGAAUCCAUCCAAGAAGUCAAAGACUGAAAUACCCACCCCCACCACCACGAUCACCCUCCCCACCAUCCCCACCAAUGGCCCAGGAGCCGCUCCCACCUCCCUGCAACCGGCAGAUAUCAAAUCCGCCUUCGCGGCGUUCAGCCAAGGGCUGUCAACGCUGCUCUCCCCCUCGGUCUCGGUCGAAACCCUCACGGCGACCCUCGGGCUCGAAAAAGCCAACUUCAUCCUAGCCCUGCACUCGAUGAAGUCCUCAGGGGACCUCUCCUUCCUGCCCACGACCGACACCGCCACCGACAUUGACACGACGUGGCCGCCGCCGCUCCCACCAAUCCGCAACCCAGACCUUCUCUCGCAGAUCUUCACGCACAUCUCUUCGAUCCGGGGGGAGCACGCGUCGCUUCCAGGCGUCGAAAAGUCGCACUAUGAGCGGCUCGAGUUCCUAGGGGACGCCUACCUACAGUCCAUCUCGUCGGCACUUCUCUACCGGCGGUUCCCAGAGUACCGCGAAGGCCCGCUCUCGGAGAUGCGCCAGCUCCUGGUCUCCAACAAGCCACUAUCAGAGCUCGCGCGCGCUUACGGGUUCCCCGAGCGCCUGCGCACGAAUAUGAGCGAGGACCGCAACAAGAUCAAGAUCGUCGCGGACUGCUUCGAGGCGUACAUUGGCGCGGUAGUGCUGGACGCCGAGGGCGGGCCCGACGUCGGCUACAAGACUGCGCGCGACUGGCUCGAGCGGCUGUUUGAGCCGAAGAUUAGGGAGAUGGCCGUCGAGAGAGCGAAGGUCUCCCCCGUAGAUAAGAUGGCGAAACAGAGUCUUAAUGCCCUCGCAGGCGGGAGUAUGGCCCAGCUCACGUACACGUGGACCGGCGGCGGUGGAGGCAAUCAUGGCGGCUAUUGGAUCACCGUCACUAUCAAUGGCUGGGGGUUCAAGGAUCGCGUCAUCGGGAAGGGCUGGGGCGCGAAUAAAUCAGACGCGGAAUUACGAGCGGCCAUGAACGCGCUGGCAGAUACGGCGCUGGUGGAAGAGAUCGCGGCGAUAAAGCUGAAGACUCUGGGUCCAAGACCGCCGCCGAAGGAGAAGACCAAGGCGAAGGUGUAGUUAGUUAGUGGUUAACGUGGAAUAUGCGAGGGCGCAUAUGACUGGAAACUGUAGGACAUGCUUAUACGGCGUUAUUAUUUGAAGGUACAGAAUGGAGCGCAGAUAUUAUGGGUCUAUUUACAUGUGUGUGUACGUCGAGUGGAGUUGUUAUCGCUUUUUUGUAGCCUAAGAUCGAUGGCUCAACUAUAUACCCAUGAAAUACAUGAACCCGAUUAUCAUACACAAAGUGCGUUUCCAGUAUGUAUCCAUGGUGAAUCGCGGCUGAGCCAGGUAAUCACAGGGCUGAU